AUGAAUAAUAUUGAACAAGCAAUAAAUGAAGCUAGAAAAGCAAUUUCUGAAAAUAAUUCCAGAAAGGCAUUAAAACUUUUAAAACCAUACAAAAAAUCAUUAACGGCUGAAAAUUCGUCCAAUUUACCAUUAUUACAGAUUUUUGCUGAUUCAUAUUUAGAGAAUGGUCAGUUGGAUAAGGCUUACCCACUUUUGGUAAAAAGUUGUGAACUUGAUUCAAAAGGGACCAUUGGCGGAUGUGAUAAAUUUUUCACCUUAGGACAAAUUAUAGGUGGUCAAGAUGGGAUCUCUAUCCUAAGUCAAGGUAUCGAAAACAUUUCACAAACACAUAAUGGAGAAAACAUUAAUCAAGAUCAGGUUGAUAAGAUUGUUAAUGGUCUGUUGACGAUGAUUGAGAUCUGGAUGACUGAUCUUUGUAUGGAACCAAAUGCAGAAUCUCAAUGUGAGGAAUUGAUUACUAAAGCAAUGGAGAUCUCUGAAAAUAAAUCACCAGAAGCAUGGUCCACACUUGGUUCUAUUAGAAUAUCUCAACAAAGGUUUAGUGAUGCAAGCAAAGCUUUCACUCAAGCCUGGAAAUAUUUUGAAAUUAAAAAGAAGUCAAUCGCUGAAGAUAUUAUGAAUAAUAAUAGCAAUAGUGGGAGUGCUAGUAAUAAUGCAUCACAUGAAGAUUAUGUAAAUCUUUUACAACCUUUAAUAUCGCUGGCUAAAAUGUGUAUGGAGGUUGGUUUAUACGAGAUUGCAUUAAAAGUGGAAGCCUUAGUUAAGGAAAUAGAUGAAGACAAUUUGGAAGCAUAUUAUUUAGAAGGUUUCACAAACUAUUUAAUUUGUAAAUUGGAGACUUUUAAAAAGAGUAAUCCAAAUAUUUCGUUAAUUCCAGAAACUAUUUAUGAAUUCAAUUCACAUAUACAGGAGGUACCAAUAGAUCUAAACGAUCAAGAUGUUUUAGACAAUAUAAAUGAAUCUAGAAUUGCAUUAAGCUUUGCAUCUAAAUUAGGGGAAAAUGUCGAUCCAUCAGAUGACAUAUCAAAAGAAUUAAUUGAUGGAACUCAUGCAUUAUUACAGGAAUUGGGUGGGCCUAUACCUGAUUCUGAGUUGCAAAAACUAAGAAAGGGCGAGUUUUUAGAAGAAGUUGAAGAUGAUGUUGAUUUUGAUGAAUUAUCAGAUGAUAAUGAAGAUAUAUAA